AUGGCCGGCCACAGAGGCACGGGCUGGUCGGCCUCUGGAGUCCCCAGCCUGACCCCAACUGUGGCUUGCCAGCCGAGGAGGUGUUUGCCUGGGCUUGUCCUAGUCACCAGCCUGGUGGCUGUGAUGCUGCAGGAAGCAGGCCCAGCCCUGGUGCCCCAGGUCUCUGUCAAGUUCAAAGGCGAGAAGUGGCUCUCUGAGCAGGACACAAAGGAGGCCUGGGGGGCCAGAGCAGUGCAGCCUCCAGAGAAGGACAGCUUGCUCUCCGGGCUCCCCUCCCCGCUGAAGCCACACGCUGCCACCACCAAUGUUGAGGAGAAACCUCCAGGUGCCAAGCCCUGGGUGGACGGGCCUUGGCCGCAGGCACUGCCGUCUCUCCAGAUGCUCCUGGGGCCUGAGGAGGACCUAGACAGCCUCUACCACCCCCCACCCGAGGAGGACCAGGGUGUGGAGGGGCCCUGGGCGCAGGCACUGCCGUCUCUCCAGGUGCUCCUGGGGCCAGAGGAGGACCGUGACCACAUCUACCACCCUGCAGGGCCCUGA